AUGGUCUUAGGGCUUCUAGCAAUAGCCGCCUUCCCAACAGUAACAGGCGUCUCCUUGGCGGCAAGUGAGCAACGCAAAGCAAAUCAGCGUAGGGAAGAUGAGCGUCGCAUGAGGAGGUUUAACAUUGACGUCGAAAGCGCCGGCGAAACGCAAGAAGACAGUGAGGUACAAGGGAAACGCGUUGUCUUACGGGAUGAAAUGAUUUAUAUUGAUGAUCCUGACCCGUCGAACCGGGAGACCCCGUCGCAUACGUCACAGGCGUUCUACGUCGAGUAUCCUGAGCUAGAGCAUAUGAAACAUCUUGGCCGGGGUCUAGGACUUGUCACUACUGUGACGGACAGUCCACCGUUGUUGCAUUGGAUAUACGCGGAUAAGAAUACGCAUGGGCUCAAGUGUGGCAAUCGCACUGCCAGUGCUGAACAUGUCGUGGGACCUUGGGACUGGGCAGAUGACGAAGAAACAAUCACGCUCGAGGAGAACCGAAAGUUUGUUGCUGUGCAGGAAGAUAAUAGGGCUUGGGUAGUCUAUUUUGAUCGGGACAAGGAUGACCUGGAAAGAGUUUUGGAAGAGCAAGGCAAACUGGACAAUGCAUAUGCGCCAAUUGUUUUGAAGAGAACUAUGGUGCUACAGACUGCUUGA